GUAAGCGAAUGCGUGAGCGGUCACACAGUUGGGCAUAAUGUAAAUACGUCCAGGGAUUGAACGUAUUCUGUCUAGUCGGGAGGUUGCUCUGUAGCGUUGGUCUUAUAGUUAGAAAAGGCAGAAUGUUCUUAGUGGUUCGUUAGGAUAUUUAAAACGUUUCUUUUUCAGAUUUAUUAAGAAAAUAAUCCAUAGUAUGAACGAAGAAUUUUUCUGGACUCAAAGGGAUACAGUUGCAAUGCGACCAGCAUGUCAAACUUCAACGAAGAACAAUAAACUUUCAGACAAUACAGAACUUUCAGAACAAUCGUACAAAUUUUCCCAACAACACAGUUAAUUCCCAAUUUAAUGGAUACAGAAAAAACUGCAGUUAACGAAAUCAACUGUUUUCAACACAAACAACAACAACAACAACAACAUAAAAGGCCAAGGACAAAAGAAUCAAGAGUGGUAGUUACAAUUUUACACAAGAGGAACCAAGAACAUAUCAUAAUGUCGCCUCAUUCGUCGACGGCAGAUGCUCAAUUGCCUCUGUCUUUGAAGAUAGCAAGCGCAGGAAUGGCCGGUUGCACCGCUGACCUCAUGACCUUUCCCCUAGACACAGUGAAAGUUUGGCUUAUGGUCCGUGGAGAAGAAGCGAAACCAGUAGCUGCCAACCCUUCAUCAUCACUGCCCACGAAAUUCGCUCCUGUGGAGAGCGCACGGGAAUCAUCUACUGGUAUCUACAAACGGCAGGCAGUCGCUUUAUCACAAAAGCUUGAUAAACCUGGUUUGAAAAAGUUCUUUAGACCAACAACCAUGACAACCUCCCUGCAAAAGAAAACCACAGCCAUCAGGUUCUCAGCUUACAACGCCAAGCUUUCGAAGAUUGUACCAUCGCCCAUCAAGCCCUAUGGCGCAGCACGCACCAACUUUGGUGUUGCGGCUGUAGCCCAAAGCCAAUCUACUGCCUCACGGUCCUCUGCUGGCUUGGUCCGCACCGUAAUCAACGGGGUAAAGCAGAACGGCUUCCUCAGUCUUUAUGGUGGUUUUGCUGCAGGAUUGCAGCGCCAAGUGUCAUUUUGCGCUGUAAGAAUUGGCCUCUACGAUUCAGUGAAGGGAUUCUACAUGCAGCUGAUACCGACCUCGACAAACAGCAAGCAAGUCCCACAGAGAAUUUUGGCGGGUGCUACAACUGCCAUCAUGGCCGCCACAAUGUUCCAGCCUACUGAAGUAGUGAAGAUCAGAAUGCAAGCCCAGACGCGUCUUCCCGCCUCUCAAAGAACAUACACGUCAUCAGUACAAGCAUACAGGAGCAUAUUUCGUCAUGGUGGUAUACCCGAGCUAUGGAAAGGUCUUGGCGCUAAUGCAACGCGGCUGUCAGUCGUUAACGUCAGUGAAUUGGUGACCUACGACCUAGUGAAGGAGUUCAUUCUGGAUCAUAAGAUUUUAAACGAUAAUCCGAUCUGCCAUUUCACCUCUGCGUUUAUUUCAGGUUUCGUUACAACAUUGGUAGCGUCUCCCGUCGAUGUUGUAAAAACGAGAUACAUGAAUUCACCGUUGGGUACAUACAAGAACCCAAUACAUUGCACCAAGACUUUGUUUAUGCAGGAAGGAAUGAAGGCUUUUUAUAAAGGGUUUGUGCCUUCGUACCUUCGUCUUGGAACUUGGAAUAUCGUGAUGUUUGUAUCGUAUGAAGAGUACAAGGUCCUGGCACACGCAUACAACAACCAGCAUCGUGUCAAGAAAAUUAACCAUGUUGCCGCUACAUCUUAAAAUGUAGCAGUAUGUAUACACCGUCUCAUACACAGUAUUGUACAUAUCUGCAUAUCAUGUUGUACAUAUAUAGAGAGACGAUGUAAGCGACACAACUAUAACCACCGAAAAACGUUAUAGAACUAUGGCCAUACACAGAUAUGUAAAAUAAUCAUGGAUUGUACACAGCACAGAUCGUGACGUUAAACCUCAAAUAUAUAUAUAUGUGUGUCUUGCACACCUUGUAUCACAUGCCGUACUGGUGAUCUUCGUAUUUUAACAACAUUUCGUAAAACUUGCGUACCGUGUACGCCUUUUUGGAAGCUGUACUGGCAGCUGUUCCACAACCUAUAUUCGUUUUUAUUUUUUUUUUCUUAAAUUUUAGUACCGAGUGCUUUCUGUGCACUUACUUGCUGUAAACAUUGCGCCAGAGCAACACUUUUUAAGUUACUUUAAAUAUUUUACUGAUUCAAACGCACAGCUAAUCAUGAAACUGCAAUGAUUUAUCCCAUUUGCGUUACUCCGCUUCCACAAAAAUAAAAGAAAUUCUUACGCU